CAUGAACAACAGCCAACAGCACGAUGGAGGUCGACUGAGGUUGAACCCAAUGGAGUUGAAGCGUCAGCGCAUGGCGAAGCGAUUGAAAGGUCAAGCACAAAGCACCACUGCGACAUCCGUCAAUCCAUCAGCUGCUAUGGCAUCUGCGCUUGACUCCACGGCCGCUCCGAUGUCUUCUACUCCCGUGACCAUUGAUGUUGACCGCUGCAUGGACCAAGCAGACGCAUCCUCGUCGCGAAAGAAACUGCUCGACGCCAAACUCAGCACCGUUUACGCCAGCACGCGCAUGGACCGACCAAUGAAGCGCCGCAUCGCCGGCUUUCCAACAUCCUUCGCGACCCACGACAGGCUACCAUUGGAUUGGACGUUAAAGAGCAAAUUCGUCUGUCUCACUCCCUUCCGCUUCCCACCACGAUCGACUGGCGCGGCGGCAGCUACAUCCUUCCACCGCUUUGUCCAGGCCUCGCCUUCCGCCGACGCGGCAACGGCCACCUCCACCAUGUCUCCGUCCGAGGAAUGGCAGACUGCUCUACAUCAGUUCGUUCAUCCGGCCUCUCCAGGCAUGCCUCAAGAUGCCGCCGUGGACGACGACUGGACCGCCCACCGCUUGCGAACAUGGCAAGAUGCAUUCCGGCAUCUCUAUUAUACCUUUCAUCACAACCCCCACCAUGAUGCGUUUUACGUGGCCACCGCGCAAAGCGUCGUGUGCUUUUACCGCGCGACCACCGCGUCAACGACCAUGAGUAUGCGAUCCUUGUUUACCAAGUUCCUCCCACAUGACGACGCCACAUCCCGAGCAACGACAAGCCCUACCAAACCCACGUCCGUGCGCCAACACAUUUCAGUCGUGAUAUCUCACGCCACAACGACAUUGAGGCGUGAUUUGAUGUCGGCGGGGGUGAACUUUCAUGUCCCGUUCGCCCCCCAAGAUGCCGCGACGACGGGGCGGCCGUCCGCCGUCGAUGCCUUGCACACGUCCAUCCGGGGACUCGACGCCCUCCUCGUCGUCCACGAUCCGUGCAACGUGCACGGCAUAUACGACUUGCUGUUGAACCAGCCUGGACUCCUCGCGGCGUCGACGGACGUGCCCUUGCUCUGCGCGCGCUUUCCCUUUCAACACGCGGGCAUCGUGCCUCUGCAAGUCACCCCCUGCGGCAAAAUGUCGGGGCGACCCACUCCGACCUACAAGCUCGAAGUGUCGGGAUGUAUUUUGCCUCGUACAGUGCACGACCUUGCCAACGCCGUCAGGGCCGCCGCGGCGACGGAAUCUGACGCGUCUUUUCAUGUCGUGCUCGAGCCAUGGGCCAGUAGCACGCGACUCAACGUGUGUGGAUGGGACAUGGAAGUACCCUCGUCCUCAUUUCAAGACGCCGACCGCCUCGAUGCCAUCAAGCGCCACAUGCACGACAUUCGGUACCAUCACACAACCGGGUAUCAAGUCGGCAUUGAAAAGUAGAGACCUGUACAAAUUGCAACUACUUAUGAUUCAAGUAAUCACAGGCACAAACA